AUGAAGUCUGGUACUCUUUUAGCUCUGCCAGCUCAUGGCUCGGACAGAUCUGACUUGCUCCAUCCCUCAUCUGUUCCAGCUAACCGGAAAUUUCGGUCAUUUUUUCUGGAAGCCGUACGAGCAUCUUCGAGGGAAGAAGCAGGGACAGCAGAGUUCAUUCCGCCACCUCCUCUGAUAUCCUGCUCUGAUUUUGUUCCCCGGCCUCUGGUGGAGUUGUUGAUGCGGAAGAAGAAAAACGGAGCUCUUGGAGUGAAGUGGGUGAAAGGCGAUGAGCUCACGAACAUGGAAGGCGCCAUGCAUACUUUUGUUACUCCUGUCAUCUCGAAGUGUGAAAUGAAUGGCGAUUAUAGGUACAAUCCUGUCAUUGGUGGUCAUGGAGUUGAUAGGUUUGGAGACGUGAUAGAAAUUCCAGGCACGGAUGGGAACAGACAGAAAUACCAACUUACAAGGUCUGUAGUUUUGAGUGCUAGUAUCCAAAUGGAUUUCGAAAACGGCAAAGUAAUGCUCAACGCCUGUAUGCUCGAGGAAUCCGAGACUAUCGGUGUGGAUCUAUUGUCCGACAGCGCAUGGGUUGUUCUCGAGAAGAAGGCAAAACAAGACGACAAAAGAAGAAGAGCCUACGAUGAAACGUUGAAGCGGCAUAUGAUAUAUCAUCUCACAGCAUCACGUACUUUGCCUGCAAGAAAGAAUGCUAAAGACUUAUUUAGUAUUGACGGGACAAUUCAGCUCUUGGAAUCAUUCAUCAAAACACUAAACGCCAGCACAGACAAAAUGGUGGGUGUAUUUACCAGCUUGGACAACAGACAAAUUGUAUCCAUUGAAUUCCUUUUCAACACAGCCCUAGAACAAGUAAGGAACGAGAUAGCAGCUCUCGAAUUUCUAUGUACCCAAGGCUAUGUGUACACCUACGACCCUGCUUCAAUCUUUGCGCGUAAAAUUAGUGCUAAAAUCCUCAAUCGAUUAAUGCUUGCUGCUCUCAAACAUCUGUCAGAUCAGCACAAGUUCGCGAAUAUGAGGGUAUUUGGUUUCAAUGACUACGCUGAUAAGAACGCAAUUAAUCUGGCUCAUUCGGCAUUGCGGAAACAGGAACAUGUUGUGGUAACGAGCAAACAGGAUCUGUUCAACGGUACGGGCGGUAUGAACGGGCUAUAUAAUGUUGCACAUAUCUCUCAGGCUGUGGGCGCAAUGUUGGUAAUCCACAAUAAUAGUGAUGGUUUUGGUCAGAAUAUCGAGACUGAAGCUAUGACUGGGAGUCUUGAUGGCGCAAUUGGCUCAAGCUCAAGUGCAGCUGCAAGUCUGGAGAGAAGUCGAGAAAAUCUUUUGGAUUUCGUUUGGUAG